AUGGGGGUGGGAUACCUCACAGUUCAGGAAUGCAACUCUGAUGAAUCGGAGAUCUUCGCUAAGCACUUCACUGGGUCGAUGUUCCGAGUGAAUGCCCUCCUUGUAGUGAACGCCAUCCUGAUGGGAGUCAUGGUUGUCAUAGGCGCAUACGGUCGCUAUCGCAGCCAUCCAUUGACCCGCUACAUUUUCUUGGGUGCCACUGCAUUGUUCAUUCCCAUAAUCUCCUAUGUCCUAUCUGACAUUGGUAAUCAGAAUGGCCUUAUCCUUUUUGCCGAUGGAGAAAAGAUAAUAGGCCGCCUGUGCAAUUCAAGUUUCCACAUGAAUCUAGUCUUAAUCUGGACUGGUCUUGUUCAAAUGGUUGGUAUCAGCACCACUUUGGUAGUGGUCAGUGAUCCUAGAGAAGGGCGAAACAUUGGCCCAUCUGGGGUACUACUUGUGCAGGCAAUGUGGACUUCCUAUCUUAUGUUCUAUAACAUAGGGUUGAAGUAUCAUGUACCAUACGAGGACCUCUAUAUUGCUUCUGAUAUCAUCAACAUCAACAUUGAGUGGUCUCUGGUAUACGUAUUUUCUCUAGCAAGUUUGGUGAUUAUCCCACCAUUUGCUCUCACCUUUGCAAAGCUAUUUUUCAAGUGUUUUGCAUGGUACAAGGCCAGAAAAUCACUAGCAAUUGGAUGCAAUCCUCGUCUUAUUGUUGGAUACAUGGAGCAGCUACAAGAUGAUCCUGACAUCAUUACAAAUGAUUAUCGGGAUAUACCUCCUCCGCUAAUAGUAAUGGGCGAAGGCACGAUAUCUGUGGACAAGCAGCCCCAUGGUUAUAGCUUCGCACUGAUGCCCAAUAGAGGCGGCUUAGUGACCCUUGAUAAAGUUUGGCAGCUGGAUGACAUGCAUGAUCUCAAGUUGACAUCACAUCUCAAAGAUGUAUGCCUCUCCUUCGCAUUGUCCAAGCUUUUAAGGUGUCGGUUCGCCAGGUACACAAAUGCUGAGAUUGGCUUCACCAAAGCUUCUAGCUUUUUACGGCAUUUGUUACUGGAUGAUAGGGACGAUGGGAGGGUACUUCGAGUGACUGAAUAUGAGCUUUCUUUUCUUCAUGACUUUUACUAUUCAUCCCUCGCAAUCUCAUAUUCAAAGAGCUGGAUGCUGAUAGUAAGCAUAUUAAUUUCACUCUCAGCCAUCGGUUACUGCUUAGUUUUAAGCAUUCUCAUAGUGUAUAUUCAAAUUCGUCUAAUAUAUAUGGAAGGUGGCAAGUUACCGUUGAUAUAUUGCACCUAUCAGUGCCGUCAAGACAAGGGAGAAAAGAAAAGCAAUAUGUAUUACCCUGAGCGCUUUGGCAAUGCAAUAUUUGUCAUUGUACCAGUGGUUGUACUUAUCGCACUGGUUGUGCUUGCUGAGACAAGAGAGAUUGCUUCUUACGUUUGUUCUAACUGGACAAAAGUGGUCCUAAUCUGCCGCCAUAUAAACCAUGCUUCUUGGCAGCCAUCUGCUAUCAUGCAGAAAUGUAUUAGGUGUGUACUACAGCGUAGAUGCAAGAUAUUAAAUCAUUUGGAGGACAAGAUGAACCAAUGUUCAAUACUGGUGCUACACCCAAGGAAUACUCCAAUGGGACUGCUUUGUCGUCUUAAACCUGGUCAGAAGGUCAAGGUGCCAAGAGCGGUGAAGGCUUCUAUCAUGAAUGCACUGAGAAGCUACGAGAGAAGCCGAGACAAUAACCACAUGCCAUCACUGUGCACAAGGCCGCAGUUGAAGACCAGUGACAACCUCCUUUGGGUGGUUGAUGGCACAAAAGGCAUAGCCAAUACCAUUCUGGUGUGCCACAUCGCCACAAACAUUCUUGAACUCAGGUCAGCUGGCUCAUGUCAACCUCCCUCUGACCAUAAGACCGCUGCCAUUCACCUGUCCCGAUACUGCGCCUACUUGGUAGCCAACUCUCCUGAGCUGCUUCCAGAGGAUGACGAGUGGUGCAAGAGCUUGUACAAGACAGUCAAGAAGAAGGCCGAGCACAUCCUUGCCGGAGUGUCAACAGCUGAAGUGGAGUAUCAGCAGUUGGUGAGGCUGAUGAGCGCUUCACAGAAUCAUGAGGUGCUCAAGGAUGGUGCCAAGCUCGGACAACAGUUGGCGGAGCUAAACCAAGGAGAGACCAGCACGGCAUGGGAGCUCCUCGCCGGCUUUUGGUCGGAGAUGAUGCUGUACAUUGCUCCAUCAGACAACAUUGACGGUCACUCGGAGGCCAUCGCCCGCGGUGGCGAGCUCAUAACGCUCAUAUGGGCAUUGCUCGCACACCUGGGGAUUUCCGGUAGAGCCAAUGACCCGGACAGUACCACCGGUGAAGGUGUGUAG